AUGUCGAUGACAUAUGAGGAAUGUCUUACCAACAGUCGGCCGGCCCGUCCACUGCCAAACGUGCCUUCCAAUGUGAUGGAGCAAUUCAGCAUGAGGGGGAAGACAUGUAUCGUCACAGGCGCAAGCCGUGGAAUCGGACUCGCUGUCGCAGAGGGUCUGGCCGAGGCUGGUGCACACGUGGUCCUGGUGUAUCGCUCUGGGGAUCAGUCCAUAAGAGCGAGAGCCGACGAGAUCGCACAGCAGAAUGGAGUCAAAGUUCUACCUCGUCAAUGCGAUGUCACCGAUCCGGCCAAGGUACAGGCUCUUGUCUCUGACGUACGCAGAGAAAUGGGCAGGAUCGAUGUUUUCGUUGCCAACGCUGGGAUCUGUUACCCACAAGGGAUUCUAGAGCAGUCUCUUGAGGACUAUCAUGAACAAAUGAACGUCAAUGUGCAUAGUGUGGUGUACUGUGCGAAGAGUGUCGGUGCUGUCUUCAAAGCGCAGGGCUUUGGCAACUUCAUUAUAACGGGCAGUAUGAGCGGAGAGGUGGUCACUGUCCCAGUCGAUCAUACAGCAUACAAUACUACAAAGGCCGCCGUUACACAUCUCGGCAAGAGCCUCGCACGCGAAUGGCGUGAAUUUGCCCGCGUCAACAUCGUGUCUCCUGGAUGGAUUACUACAGACAUGAGUACUUGCACGGCGUCCGUCAACGAAGCUAAUCGUAUGGCCGUUUUGGGUCGACAAGGCAACGUCAAGGAGCUGAAGGCCGCAUAUCUCUAUCUUGCGAGUAAUGCCAGUUCUUUCGUUACGGGUACCGUACUGCACGUUGACGGGGGCUAUCUUCUCCCGUGA